UUGUUAGCACCAGGAAGUUUUUAUCAAUGUUGCAUCAUGGCGGAAGACUGUGAGGAUCAAGUUUGUAUUAGAAUGGUUUCGAAGAGAAAUGUCCGAAGGCGACGUCAGUCAUCAGACAGCAGUGAAGACGAAAUAGAUACAGAUGUUACUAGAAGUACACUCGAAGACAUGCGAGAGUUACAAAAACUGCGAAAGCGGCCAGAAGGAGUUAGUGCCGUGGGAUUGGCUGUUGGAAAGAAGGUGAAAAAGGAGGUUGAUGGCGUUGAUGAGAUCGAUCCAUACAAAUUAAAACACGGAGGCUUCAUUGAUAUGAAAAAAAUUAAAGACAGAAACAGGGACAGAACGGACGAAGAUGAGAACAGAGAUGUUACAGACAUGGGCGUUACUUUCUCUGCAGAAACAAAUCGAAGAGAUGAGGAUGCUGACAUGCAGAAGUACAUUGAGCAGCAGAUGGCGCUGAGGUUGCUCGGCGACCAGACUGCGGCGGAGCAGGGAGAGGGCCUGCCGCCGCUGGACGACGCGAUGCUGGCCGUGUCCGAACACCUGCGAGCGUCGCACGCGAAGAAGUCCGAAGACAUGCUGUCCAAUCAGAUGCUGUCCGGAAUACCGGAAGUCGACCUCGGCAUCGAUGCAAAAAUCAAUAACAUCGAGUUGACAGAACUGGCGAGAAAGAAACUCAUCGAAGAGAGGAAGAAGAAAAAAGAGAAGCCAUCACAGUUUGUGCCGACGAAUGUGGCUGUCAAUUUCGUACAGCAUAAGAGAUUGCAUCGCAGAAGCAUGAAGGAGGUAAACCUGGAUGAACAACUAAUUGUACUUGUUCAAGACCAUCCGGAAUUGUACGAUAUCGGCAGCAAGAGCUACAAAGAUGUACAAAGACGUGAUCAUGUUUGGAGCGAGAUAGGAGAGAUUUUGGGGAAAACUGGCAGAUAUUGCAAGGCUCACUGGACGAAUCUCCGUGACUCAUUCAACAAGUACCUGAAAAAGAUGAAGGACCAAAAGCGAAGUGGGUCCAAAGCAACUAAAGUCAGAGAAUACAGAUAUGCACAACAGCUGUCUUUCCUUCUGCCUUUCCUGCAAACUAGGCCAACUUCUUCAAAUGUGACAGCUACUGAGAGCAGUGAUGAAGAAGCAGAGAGCGUAGGAUCCACUGCACGUUCUGUUUCUCCAUCUGAUUCUUCAAUGGCUAGUGCUACACCUUUGCCACCACCGUUGCCAACCACCGUUGUUGACAGAUGCGAAACACCAUCGCCAUGUGUCUCAACAAUAGUCUGCAAGACUUGUAAAAGGAAAUGGGCUGACGGUGAUGUGUCUAAAAUUAUACAUUUUUUACACCAACGUCAAGAAGUCGAAGAAAAGAAAAAGAGUGAUAUUGAAACGUUUUUUUAUUCAAUGGGACAAACUUGCCAAAAAAUGCAACCAAAAUACCAAAGACUAUUUAAAAGAAAGGUCUUUGAUGCUUUAUGUGCGGUGGAAGAUGGCAUUGAGCAAUCUUCAGAAAUGACAAUUCCGCACUCUAACUUCGUAAAUCCCCCUUCUGCACAUUUACUGAACACCCCAUCUCUACCUCAGGUUCUGUGUUACCAGCAGUACACAGCAUCUGAUGAAGGCGAAUACAUCGAAUGAGAAAGGUUAAAAAUAAAAAAUUGAGCACUUUGAGAACCUAAAUAACUGUUUUUGUAGCCUUUUAUGGUGUAU